CUUUUUAUUUUAUUUCUCAGUUAAGAAUAGCUUAAAGGCUUCUUCUCAUAUCUUUCUACCUGCGUCCGAACCCUCUAAUAUCGGUCCAACCGUAUUCAAGAUGAGCUGUGACAUUCGGACAAACAGAAGAAAAAAAACUAUUUAGAUUUUAAUUGUGUAUUACUUUAAAAACAAUUAUUUACUGAUGGUGUUUAAUUAUUAAUUAACACAUAGUAUUUAGCAUUUGACAGUUCUAAUGGCAGUAUAACCUAUAUUUUUCUACGACUAUUAAAAAGAAACCAAGGCGAAGAAGGAAUACGCCACACGACAUGCUUACUAACAAGAAAAGAAGAAGUAAUGGCUAUAAAAAAUAAAUUUCCUACCAAAAUACCGUUAAUCGUCGAAAGAUCACACAAAGAAAGAAAUUUGCCCGCGCUAGACAAAACCAAAUUCCUCGUACCAGAAGAUAUUACAAUGUCACAAUUCCUAGUCAUUAUAAGAAACAGAAUAAGGAUUAAACCGAAUCAGGCACUCUACUUGAUAAUCAACAACAGAUCAAUGCUUAGUAUGAGCCUGACUAUGGCCCAGGCUUACGAGAACUUUGGAGACGAAGACGGCUUCCUUUACAUCACGUACGCCUCGCAAGAAGUUUUCGGAUAUCACGACGAUAUGACGGGACCGAGUCAGGAAGUUGAGGCGAUAAGACAUCGCUUCCCAAAUAAGAUACCGUUGUACGUGGAGCGAUAUUCUCAUGAGAAGGAGGUGCCCGCGCUCGGCAGGAACAAGUUCCUGGUGCCGCAAGAACUCACCAUGUCUCAGUUCCUUUAUAUUAUUCGAACAAAGAUGAAGUUGAGGGAUUCACAGGCGUUAUAUCUAUUGGUGAACGACAAAGUGCUGGUAAGCCACAGCAUGACGAUGGCGCAGGCGUACCAGCAGUUCCGUGGCAACGAUGGCUUCCUCCGCAUCACAUACGCCGCUCAACAAGUAUUUGGUUGAUAAUGUAAAUCGUUCGAUCCAGUUCAGUGGUAAUACUGGUGUUUCCUAACGCUAAUGAAGACUGAUAGUAUUUUAUAUUGUGUUUUAAGUUUAGGGUUUAGUAUUUUUAAACAAUGACACACCAUUCAAUCCGUGCUGCGAGAAUGUGAACAUAUUUCUUUGAAGACAGACCUCGUAGUUUUACAAUACUUAAAUAUAUAAGCUUUUUUUAUAAAAAUCAAUGUAAAAUGUAUUUAAAUAAGCCAUCAAGAUCAGAGUAUCUUAUAUUAGUAUGUAGUGAAUAGGGCUUCCGAAAAUAUUACAUAAAUAAAUGCAUUUAAAAUGAAGUAAAACGUAUGAUUUUAUAUUAUUUUUGUCUACUAAAGCUUAUAGUGAUGUAUGUUCUUGAAUUUUUUUUUUAAUUUAUAAAGGCCUAUUUACUCUGAAUA